UAAAAAGUGUUUUACAAAUGUUCUAUCCAAAUAUUAAUGAGAUUAUACGAAUACUCGAGACCGGGCCUCGGCAACAGGAACGCACCAUCAAAUUGGCUAAGGGUGAUAUUCAGGCGGUAUGCAGAAUGGCACGCGAAACCUUUAUGAAUGAGUCGAUGUGCUUAGAUAUAAGUUCACCGAUCUGCAUUGUUGGUGAUCUGCAUGGACAAUUCGAGGAUCUGUUGCGCAUAUUCAAGAACAAGGGGUCACCCCCGCAUCAACGAUAUCUUUUUUUAGGCGAUUAUGUAGAUCGAGGCAGAAACUCCGUGGAGACCUUGACGCUGCUGCUCUGCUAUAAGGUUAAGUAUCCGGAGACCGUCUAUUUGCUGCGCGGCAACCACGAGAGCCCAGAUCUCAACAUGACGUACGGGUUUUUCGAUGAGUGCAAGCGACGUUAUUCCACGAAACUCUGGAAAAGCUUUGUGGACUGUUAUUGCUGUAUGCCAGUGGCGGCCAUUAUCUCGCAUCGUGUCUUUUGCUGUCAUGGGGGCUUGAGUCCAAGCUUGACAAGUAUUGACCAGAUCAACAGUAUUCAGCGACCUACUGAUAUUCCGGAGUCCGGCGUACUGUGUGAUCUACUGUGGUCUGAUCCAGAUCGCAGCUAUGGCUGGAACAAGAGCUCACGCGGAGUUUCCUGGGUAUUUGGUAGCGAUGUCGUGGACAAGUUUUUGGUACGCAACGACUUCGAUUUAAUUUGCCGUGCACAUCAGGUUGUCGAAGAUGGCUACGAGUUCUUUGCCAAGCGCCAGCUGGUCACCAUUUUCUCGGCGCCUAACUAUUGUGGCAUUUUUGACAAUGCUGGUGCCACCAUGUACAUCGAUUGCAAUCUGAUGAUCACCUUUGACAUCUACCAAGGCAAGGCAUUAAAAAGAUUAUUUACUGCUGAUACAGUCAUAACAGGUGCUAAACGUUUAGCAAGCUCGUUAAAUUCCACUCUUUCACGCGAAUCAAGCUUGUAUAGAUAAGAAUUACGCGCUCUGCUA